AUGUUGGUUCUUGGAUUCACCGUUUUCCGUGUACACGAACCGUCUAUAAGGAUGAAUUCCGUCAAGAUUGACGGAAUAAAUUAUCUCAAUACGUCCACUACUCUACAACCAAACGUUAACUUAACGGUAUCCGUUGACUUGUCCGUUAAAAAUCGAAAUUCAAUGUCAUUCAAGUUUAAUGAAGCAACGACAAGUUUGUUUUAUGAUGACGUGGCCAUCGGAGAAGCCCUAACGCCACCGGGGACCACCAAGGCGCGGAGGACGUUACGGAUGAACGUAACGGUGGAAAUAAUGGUGGAGAAAAUAUUGAGAAUUCCACGGUUAGGGAGUGAUUUGAAGUCCGGUGAGUUACCG